UGUUGGAUGUCGAGACAAGAUGAUCCUGAUUCUGCAGCUGCUGCUCGCUCUGAGUCUGAGUUUGAGAGCAGAUGGAUAUAAUUGGUAUCAAGUUUUAGACUGUAUCUCCAGAUCAUCAGAUCUCUCAGAUUUGGAAUAUAUUAAUACAUAUUAUUUUAAUAAGGAUCCAGUGUUACGGUUUAACAGCACAGUGGGGGAGUUCGUAGGGUACACCGAGCUCGGAGUGAAGAAUGCAGAGCGCCUUAACAAGGGACCUGAAGUAGUGCAGCAGAGAGCUGAGCUGGAGAGAUACUGCAAACCCAACCUAAAGUUAGACUACACUCAUAUUCUGGAUAAAGCAGUGAAGCCGAAGAUCCGUCUCACAUCAGAAAAGCAUGCGGGUGAGGGUCGUCCAGCCCUGCUGAUGUGCAGCGCGUAUGGCUUCUACCCCCCAGUCAUCGAUGUGUACUGGCUGAGAGACGGUAAAAAGGUGACCGGUGAUGUGGUGUCCACUGAGGAGAUGGCUAAUGGAAACUGGUACUACCAGAUCCACUCCCACCUGGAGUACACGCCCACAUCUGGAGAGAAGAUCUCCUGUGUGGUGGAGCAUGACAGCUCCAAGGAGCCCAUCAUCAUUGACUGGGGAGGUUCUUUUACUGAUUCUGACAGGGACAAGAUUAUUAUCGGAGCUUCAGGGUUUGUGUUGGGGAUCAUCCUGUCCACUGCUGGAUUCCUCUACUACAAGAAGAAAUCUCCAGAGUUCCUGUGAAGUUCACUGCUGCUUCUUCUGAAGAUAUAGAGGAGUCAUCUUUAAUAUCAGGAGGUGAAGCAGUGAAGUCUAUAAUACAGCUUUAAUUACCUGCAUUAUGUUUACAGAAUUAAUGUUAGAUAUCUGUUUCAUUUUUAAUAAUUUGUGACAAAACUAAAGAUCAAUGUUUGCUUAAACAUAAGCUGAUAUUUUGCUUUGUGGAAGUCUUUCUGUUACACUGAUGAUGAGAGAAACGUGUUUGAUUUGGUUGCUGGGUAGGUUUUGUAAAAAAGAGCCCAUUUUAAAGCACAUAUUGAAGUUUUAAAUAUUCAGUUGGUAUAUUAAAAAGUAGACCAAGCAGUGUUUGAACUGGAUCUAUGUACUUUUAGACAUUGGUCCCUCUUUUACUUUGUUUUUGGAAGUAAUGCCUUUUUAAAUAAAUGAAGUAUCCAUGAUUUAGGAUAUGUAUGAGAUUACAUUUCUCAUUUUUAUACAAACAGGUCAAAGGAAAACGCAAGCACACGUACAUCACUACACCAAUAGUUACAAAGGUCCAGAGUGGGUUAUCCAGGAUACCUCUUUAUGCGGCUAAUAUAAAGUCCUUAAGAGCCAGUGUAUUAGCAGUCCAUGCCAUUUUAGUAGCAGGUUUAGCUUUAUUAAUCACUGCAGCAGCUUUUUACUUUCUAUUGUGAUCAGUAUAUAUAACAUUAUUGAAUAAGCUGUAAAUUGGCUAUUGACUUUAUAUGUAUUUUACUGCUUUUAAUAAAAACAUUUCUU